AUGGAGAAGGAAGAGGAGGAGCAGGCAAUUCCAGACGCACCCCUGCUGUGGAAUGCGCCACUCCAAGUCAUCAAGUACCCCGACCCGCGCCUCAGGGCUGGCAACGCCACGAUCACGAGGUUUGACGAUACACUCCGUGCCUUUGCCAAGGACAUGUUCGACGCUAUGUAUGAUGAUGAAGGCGUGGGUUUGGCUGCGCCUCAAGUGGGGGUGAACAUCCGCCUCAUGGUGUUCAACGAAAUGGGCAAGAGAGGCGAAGGUGAGGAGGUGGUGCUGGUUAACCCCGAGAUCAUUAGCUAUGGCAAGACGCAGGACCUGUUUGAAGAGGGCUGCCUCUCCUUCCCCGAACUCUAUGGCAACGUGGAGCGGCCGACAAAGGUGACCAUCCGUGCGCACGACGAGUUUGGCAAGCGCUUCAAGCUGACGCUGUCCGGCUGGCCGGCGCGCAUCUUCCAGCACGAGUACGACCAUCUCCAGGGCACCCUGCUGCCGGACCGCAUGCAGCCAGAGGUACGGGAAAACAUUGCCGCCGGGCUGGAGGCUCUGGUGCGGGAGUUCCAGGCCACCAACCCUGGCACCUCGCCAGCGCUCUGA